AUGAAGGCUACUGUUCCCUUCAGACUUCCCGACCCUCGAAACGAACCCAAUCCUCUCUACAAAAAAGGUUCCCCCGAACGAGCCCAAGUCGAAGCUGCCUUGACUAAGCUGCGAUCUCAAUUGCCCGUCCAGAGCGAUAUCUUCUAUAAUGGCAAGGCACAGCAAGUCUCCCAAUCGUGGGAUCAGCCCUUGCCAGCAGAACAUGCCACCAAGUUCACCAACUAUCCUCUUGCCAGCAAAGAGCAGGUCUCUGCAGCCAUUGAGUCGGCCCUCGCGGCCAAGAAGAGCUGGGAGGAGACUCCCUUUGUCGAUCGAGCUUCUAUCUUCCUCAAGGCGGCAGAGCUGGUGACGACCAAGUACCGGUAUGAUCUGAUCGCAGCGACCAUGCUGGGACAGGGAAAGAACAUCUGGCAGGGAGAGAUUGAUGCUGCCGCUGAACUGGCGGACUUCUUCCGGUUGAACUGCAACUACGCUGCAGAAUUGUUGGAGAGACAGCCUACUCGAGGCUCGGAUGGAAUGUGGAGUCGCGUGGAAUACCGUCCUUUGGAGGGAUUCGUCUACAGUAUCUCGCCCUUCAACUUCACUGCCCUCGGUGGCAACUUGAUUUCGGGUCCUGCCCUGAUGGGCAACGUGGUGCUCUGGAAGCCCUCCCCAUCCAACGUGUACGCUAGUGCCCUCGUCUACAAAAUUCUACUCGAAGCCGGUCUGCCUCCCAACGUUGUGCAGUUUGUUACUGGCGAUGCUGAGCAGAUUACCGACGUGGCUCUGUCUCACCGCGACUUUGCCGGCCUGAACUUCAUCGGUUCGUCGGACAUUUUCCGCUCUCUGUAUGGCAAGAUUGGCGAGGGUAUCGCAAACAAGACCUACCGCGAGUUCCCUCGUGUGGUGGGCGAAACCAGCGGCAAGAACUUCCACCUCGUUCACAACUCGGCCGAUAUCCCCAGCGCCGUUAACCACACCAUUCGUGGCGCAUUCGAGUACCAGGGCCAGAAGUGCUCUGCCACUUCUCGUCUGUACCUCCCCGAAUCUCGGGCAGAGGAGUUCCUCACCAGCCUGAAGGCGGGUAUCAACGAGAUCACCAUUGGCAGCCCCGACAAGAACAUUGAAGCGUUCAUGGGACCUGUCAUCCACCGCCGCUCAUUUGACAAGAUCAAGUCCAUCAUCGACGCAAGCAACAAGGAUUCAUCUCUGAAGCUGGUGGCCGGUGGCACUUACGACGACUCGGUUGGCUUCUACGUUAACCCGACCGUCUACCAAGCCGACUCUCCCACGCACCGCCUCUUUGACGAGGAAAUCUUCGGCCCCGUCCUGGCCGUCUACGUCUACCCCGAUGCAGAGUGGAGCUCGGUUCUGAACCAGGCUGACCAGUCUGGCGGUGGAUUUGCCCUGACUGGAGCUGUCUUUGCCAAGGACAGAUCUGCCAUUCGCGAAGCUGAGGAUGCGCUCCGCUACUCGGCCGGUAACUUUUACAUCAACUGCAAGACGACAGCCGCAUUGAUCGGCCAGCAAUCGUUUGGAGGUGCCCGAGCCAGUGGAACCAAUGACAAGGCAGGAAGCUCUGAUGUGCUGCGCCGAUUCACGAGCCCGAGACUGAUCAAGGAGGAAUUCUUCCCUCAGACGGGAUUUACGUACCCUAGCAACCAUUAA